AUGAGGGAGGAACCACCAUCUCUUGCCAGCGGCAUGGAGGAGCCCGAGUUGGAGGUCGCCUCAGAUGAGGAUGGUGAAUUGGAGGCCUAUAACAUGGAUCCUGGUGAGUUGUUGGGAAAGCCUUCAUUUUUUUCGCUUCUACAUUUCUUACCCUUCCUCUUCUCCCCACCCCCUCCCCUCCCCUCCCCCCACCCUAAUGGAUUCAAAUGUUGCACUCCUCGUCUUGCGACAUUUGGUCCACUCUUCUCCACAGCAUCUUCUACCCUCUAUGAGUUUCAUCGAGAUUGA